UCCGCCGUAUAUUCGCAUCUGGGUCACACACUUCUAAACCCUAGAAGUUGACCAAAGAAUCGAUUUCUGAAGAUCUGGGUUUCUUAAAAGUCUCUCCUUUUGUUCGAUUUCGUUGGGAUCCAAACAAAAGAACAGAGAUGAAUAUUGGUCGCGUAGUGUGGAACGAGGAUGAUAAAGCGAUUGUUGCUUCGUUACUCGGCAAACGAGCUCUCGAUUACUUGCUUUCGAACUCUGUUUCAAAUGCAAAUCUCUUGAUGACUUCAGGAAGUGACGAGAAUCUGCAGAACAAGCUCUCGGAUCUCGUUGAGAGACCCAACGCUUCUAAUUUCUCGUGGAACUACGCCAUUUUCUGGCAGAUUUCGAGGUCAAAGGCCGGAGAUUUGGUUCUCUGUUGGGGAGAUGGGUAUUGCAGAGAGCCUAAAGAAGGAGAGAAGUCAGAGAUCGUUAGAAUUCUAAGUAUGGGAAGAGAAGAAGAAACGCAUCAGACUAUGAGGAAGAGUGUAUUGCAAAAGCUUCAUGAUUUGUUUGGUGGGUUAGAAGAAGAGAACUGUGCUUUAGGACUAGAUAGAGUUACUGACACUGAGAUGUUUCUUCUUUCUUCAAUGUAUUUCUCAUUCCCUCGAGGUGAAGGUGGUCCAGGGAAGUGUUUUGCCUCUGGGAAACCGGUUUGGUUAUCCGAUGUGGUGAAUUCAGGUUCUGAUUAUUGUGUUCGAUCGUUUCUUGCUAAAUCUGCUGGAAUUCAGACUGUUGUUUUGGUUCCUACUGAUCUUGGUGUUGUUGAGUUAGGCUCAACUUCAUGUUUGCCUGAAAGUGAAGAGUCAAUCUUGUCUAUAAGAUCAUUGUUUUCGAGUAGUUUGCCUCCUGUUAGAGCUGUGACGGCUGUUGCUUUACCUGAAAAGAUAGAUGAUAGCAGAACGGUUAAUGCUUCGAAGAUAUUUGGGAAGGAUCUGCACAAUUCAGGUUUUCUUCAUCAUCAUCAGUUUCACCAACAACAACCACAACAACAACAACAGCAUAGACAGUUCAGAGAGAAACUUACGGUUAGAAAAAUGGAUGAUAGAGCUCCCAAGAGAGUAGAUGCUUAUCCUAAUAAUGGGAAUAGGUUUAUGUUUUCGAACCCAGGCACCAACAACAACACUCUUCUGAGUCCUACUUGGGUCCAACCGGAGAACUACACGAGGCCCAUCAAUGUGAAGGAAGUUCCGAGCACGGAUGAGUUCAAGUUUUUACCUUUGCAGCAAUCAUCGCAGAGGCUGCUUCCUCCUGCUCAAAUGCAGAUUGAUUUCUCUGCUGCGAGUUCAAGGGCUUCCGAGAAUAAUUCAGAUGGAGAAGGAGGAGGGGAAUGGGCAGACGCGGUGGGUGCUGAUGACACUGGUAACAACAGACCAAGAAAACGCGGAAGGAGACCUGCCAACGGAAGAGUGGAAGCUUUGAACCAUGUAGAAGCAGAGAGGCAGCGGCGUGAGAAGCUUAACCAGAGGUUUUACGCACUGAGAUCCGUUGUUCCCAACAUUUCCAAGAUGGACAAAGCGUCGUUGUUGGGAGACGCGGUCUCUUACAUAAACGAGCUUCACGCCAAGCUAAAGGUCAUGGAAGCAGAGAGAGAGCGGUUAGGGUAUAACUUAAAUCCACCUAUCAGCUUGGAUUCGGAUAUUAAUGUACAAACCUCAGGUGAAGAUGUCACUGUGAGAAUAAACUGUCCGUUGGAGUCUCAUCCGGCUUCUAGAAUCUUCCAUGCGUUUGAAGAGACUAAAGUAGAAGUGAUGAACUCGAACCUGGAAGUUUCUCAGGACACAGUGUUGCAUACGUUUGUAGUCAAAUCUGAAGAAUUAACGAAAGAGAAGCUGAUAUCGGCGUUGUCUAGAGAGCAAUCAAAUUCUGUUCAGUCAAGAACAUCAUCAGGUAGAUAACCUUUGAGAGACAGAAGAAGGUGGAAAGUAAGUUUGUAAUCAAGAACCGGUUUUGAAUGGUUCUUUUUUGUUUCUUCUAGGUUGCUUUUGUUUUUGCUCUUUUUUGGUUAUAUACCUGUAAGAAUCCUCCAAACUAGGAUUUUAGAAGUUUAAUUGACAAAAGUAGACAUUAUCAUUUACUCGGUUUACAGUGGACAAAGUUGGGGAAAAAAGGAUUAUGUUGUAU